CAGUCGUGCCCGCUAGUAAAACCUCCCCUAAUUCCCCGCCCACUCGAACUCCGUAUUCGCCAGAUCAAUCAAUCCCCUUACCGGCGACGACGAGCCCCGCGCGCGUCGUCCCCACCGGCCACCCGACGCCAUCGCCAUACGCAAGCUCCCAACGGCAUCGCCGUCACCGGAAAGCAACAUGCAACCCUCCUCAUGUGCUCGUGCUCCUUCACCUCCUCCGCCGCUCCAUUUCACUCCCACUUCGCAUCCUCUCGCCCCACAACCCGGACUCCAACCGACCAGCCAUGGCCCCCGCCGACGCCGGAGACUUCCUCUUAGACGAGGACGACGACGAUUUCUUCGGUGAGUACAAUCCUCACCCCUACCGCGGCGGCUACGACCUCGCCGCCACCUUCGGCACCCCUCUUCCGCCUUCCGCCAACACUUGCUACCCCGUCUCCUCCUCUACCGCCGCCACCGUCCCCAAUGUCCCCUCGCCGCCUUCGCCCACACCGGAGCCGGAGGAACCUUAUGGCGAUCAGGAAGCUCCGCGGGAGCCGGUGCACGAAUCCCCGGAGGUGUUUCCAAACGGGGCGGCUACGAAAGGGAAGAGGCGGAGGGGCGGGUGGUGCGGACGCGGCUUCUGGAGGAAGUGCGUGCGGGGGUUGGAUUAUGUAUUCGGCUACAAGGACCCGUAUGUGGAGCAGUGGAUUGGGGUGGACAGCUACAUGGUUCAUGCGAACAGGAAAGAAAGUGGGGAGGACGCCUUGGCCUUGGAGGUUGAGGUGCCGGCACCGUCCGUGGGAAGAGUGGAGCCGCACGAUGGCAGCGAGGAGCUGGUUCAGGGCAAUGACUUAUCAUGGCAUAAUAACUACAAAGAUGAUGCCGAUACUUAUAGCCAGUCCAUGUCUAAUUCGUACUAUACGCCUUCUUUUGCACAGUCUUAUGGCCUUCCUGAAGUUUUUGGCAAGCCAGAUUGGUUUCCAAAUUUCAGCUACUCUGAGUCUCAUCGAGUAGAGGAAUUUCAGCACGAGGCAUUGUUAUCCUACGAUGUUGAGCACAUGAUGUCUGGUCAACCUGUUCAUUGUUAUAACCAUCAUUGCUAUAAACAACCACUAAAUAUCCAGGUUGAAUCCCCGGAACCAGAUUCUUCUCAGAGGCUGGAGUAUUAUGAGCAUUUUUCAACAUAUUGUGGCCAAAGUGAUGGCCACAUUUUGGAAACUCCGGCAUAUGCAUACAACAUUCAGUCCUAUAUGCCGAUCUCUGGCAUGCCAAUCGAACCUUUUAAGCCAUCAUGGUCUCAGAAUUGGGGCCUUUCUGAUGCCUGUACGCAAGGAAAUGCUCUUGAAAACGAUGCACAUUCUCUAAUGUCUGGUGAAUAUGGAGGCAUCGGAAGCUUGUUCAUUUCCCCCUUCUAUCCUAGAGAGACAGAAACGUUUGAGUGGGGUCCUAGUGAUGAGCAUGCAUCCUUUCAACAUAACUGGCAUAAUUUAAGCUACCAGAAUGUGUCCAUGGAUGGUGUUUCUCUAAUUUCUCAACAGGCUGAUGAUUCCUACAGUAUGAAUGAUUCCUUCUGGCCUUUGGGGCAUCAAUCGGCAUACAGUGUCUAGUUCAUGUUGUAAUGUUGUCUCUGGACAACUAAUAGCGGCAAUAUUCAUGUAUACUCAGCAAAAAUAUAAAUAAGCAUUUAUGUAUGAUUAAGAGAUUAUUUAACUAAAUCCUUGAAUGUCAAAGAAAAUAGCUGACUUCACUCAUUAAUAAAAUUAAAUUUGUAUGCUUUGU